CCUGAACUUGAUGUGUGCUAUGUGAUGGCAGAUUCGAUCCUGACUCAUUUUGUGCUGACUAUGUCUAUACAUAUCGAAUGACAGUAUAUAGACAUAGUCAGCACAAAAUUUGUGAUUUCACCGCAAAUAAUCUGAAAUGAAUGGCAAAUGGAAAUGCAUUGGAACCAGCCAGUACAUCAGAGCAUAACAAAACAUAAAUUUAUCACGUAACGUUUAUGUUUGGUAACUUGGGUUUUAGUUCACUAUUAUUAGUAUUAGCGAAAACGGCAGGGUAAUAAAAAAUAAUGACUUUCGAUACAGAAUAAGGAAACGAACUGUGCAAACGCGCUCAAAACCGCACGAUCGGUAUCAGCCGGUCAGUGAGUGCAUUUGAUUUGGCUAGUCAUCGCUGAGUCAGCAAAUUUAUAAUCCAUAAUUAUAUCCCAUGCUGCUUUGUGGCAUAUGUUUACAAUUAUAAUCGUCAUUGCCUGAAAAUGAAAGUUGUCGUAAUCGGACCAAAAUUACGGUUGAAAUAAUCACGGAUUUGUCGAGUUUUAGUUUAUCACAUUGAAAACCCACCGAAGACAAGAGACCACAAAACCUUUGCAAUGGAAGGCGCCGUAAACAACAGCUGUGUGGCUAGCGAAACGGAAGACGAAUCGAUAUUCGCUGGCGUUAUUUUCCACAACGUUCAAGACACAUACAUACCCGGAAAGGACAUACGUUGUUGUUAUUCAAUCAAACCGUCUGUUUCGACGACGGCAAACGACUGGAUAGGGCUGUACAAAGUCGGUUGGCAGUCCCCGAAGGAGUAUUUGUGCUAUGAAUAUUCGCCGGUCCUCGAAAGUAUUUCGCUAACUGCCUCGCUGUCUAUUCAAAAUUAUGUUGUAUUUCGCGGUAGCAAAUUGCCCUCGGAGGAAUGCGAAUUCUACCAGUUUUGUUAUGUGACGAGCAGCGGCGAAAUUCGCGGUGCCAGUUAUCCGUUCCAGAUCAGUUUUACGAAGCCAGGCGAACUGGAAAUAUGCAGCGAGGAAGGUGACGAAAGCUUGCUGAUUGUGAACAAUCGUACGACCCUGCUCGAAGAUUCUCUCGCGAAAACCUACAACGCGAAUGCCGAAUUGAAAGCUUCGAAAGAGAAAAUCGAGGCGGAUUGCUUGAAUCUUCAGGAUAUGAUUCUGAAGCUGGAAGCAAAAAAGGCCGACGUGGACUCCCGGAAUGAAAAACAGAAAAAGAUGCUGGAAAAAGCAAUGUCGGAGAAAACCCAUUUCGAAGAAUCAUAUAAGGAGACACUCGAACUGUUCAAUACCUCCCAGACUGCCUUGAAACUAGCCAAUGAGAAAACAGCAGAAGUUCAAGAGCAGUUGGCUAAUGAAAGAAUUCAGCAUGUACGAACAAGUUCGGAACAGCAGAAGUUUGAAGAAGAGAAGUGUCGUUUCAUGGAAGUGAUUGCUCACAAAGACGGCAUCAUCCAAGGCUUUCUUGGCACCAUUGAAGAGAAUAGUGGCAAGACAGCUGCUUUGGAAAGCGAGAUUCAGAAACUGAAAUUUGAAAAAGCCACCCUGCAGGAAAAUUUUGAUAACCUUGUUGUCGAGAAGGCGAAGAGUGAUGAUUCGUUGAAAAAAUCGGAACAAGCGUAUGAUGCCUUGGAAAAAUCCCAGGCUGAAAACUUUGAACAAGUUUACAAAUUACAAGCUGAGAAUUCAAAGAUGAAAGAGGAAUCAGCCGUCGUUCGGGAGCGAUUGGAAGAGAUGUCAGAUUGGUUCAGCAAUCAACAGGCGUCUAUGGAACAAAAACACUUGAACGAAUGUUGUGAUCUCGAGAACAAAAUUGAAACUAUCACAUCGCAGUUGGAUGGUGCCAAACAGGAGUUGGCUCUUGGCAAGGAGAAGCUUGACGAAGCUAUUUCAGUGCUUGAUAAGGAGCGAAAAGCCAGCCGAGAAAUCGUCGAAGGGUACGAAGGUUCCAUUCUAAAAAUGCAAGAGCAGCUGAACCAAGAGAGAGCAUUCAAUAAGUCGUUGAGUUCUGCAUCUGAUAGCCAAGUCGCAGAACUUCAAGAACAGUUAAAUGCCCAAUUGCAGAAGAAUUCUUCAGCUUUGAAACAGACCGAAGACCAGAGUCAAGAAAUAAAACGUCUGGAAGAGAUUGUAAAAUUGAACAAGGCGGAAAUUGAAAGAAUGCAAAAUGAAAUUGAGGAACGAGAACAGCAACUGGACUCGAUCGAAAAGCAGGAGAAGGAAAGUUUACAGUCAACUGCAUCCAAUAGUGGCAAUACUGAAAAGAAUGCUGCUUUGGAGGGGUCGUAUUUCGCCUUGAAAACAGCUCAUGAGCAACUGAGAAAGCAGUAUCUACAAGCGAAGGAAGAUAUGAAGAAUCUUUGGAGACAAAAGGGUGAUCUGAAGCGACAACUGGAGACAGUGCAAUCAGAGCUGCCCGAUUCCUACCUGCGGUUGCAAAUGGCAAACUUGAAAAAGCAGAUUGAAGAUCUUCGUAUUCGAUUGAAUAUGGGAGCCGAAGCAUACAAAUCGAAGUUUAAAGAAUGCCAGAAGUAUGAAAAGCAACUCAAGAAGGUGCAAAAAGAUUCCAACAAUCCUUCAAACCCAGAAAGUCCGUCAUCCACGGUCGAGUUUGAGAUGAGAAAUCUUCAACAGUCACUUGAGAACGAGAAAACAACUUCAGCAGCCUUGAAGAAAUCUUUGGAGAACUACAAGAGAGAUGCACAUGAAGUAAAAGAAGAGCUGUCAAAGGUACAGUAAAAUGCUUUUAUAACUAUUACAAACAAAUCGAGUUG